GCGGGACGGGAACCGACAAUAACGGGCACCGCUAUUUCCACUGAAUCGCCUGCGUCCCAUAGGGCAUGCUGGGAGACAGCGACGUGGCCGCCAAUGCCGGGCCCCCAGCUAUAUGUUACCUAUGUCCGGCCACAACCUGUACCGUCUGCCACACAGCCGCUAGGUAUAAGUGAUCACCCGCCCCUCGCUUCACAGUCCACACCGGUCUCCUACGGAACAGAUUCAAAAUCAGCCGCCGCCGCCAGUGGGCAACCAAUGGAAGACGCUGACCGUGUCACGUGCGUAUGUUCUCGUACACUAAAACCCAUUCCUCAGCCAGGUGUUAUUUCUGCUCCUGUUCCACCUCCUCCAAAGCCAAAAACCCCUCCACUAGAGGCAUCUAAGCCAGCAGAAGAAAUUCUAAAUGCAAUCCUGCCACCAAGAGAAUGGAUGGAGAACAAUCAGCUGUGGACCCAGCAAGUGUCCAGCACACCCAGUACCCGAAUGGAUGUUGUCCACCUACAGGAAGAGUUGGAUAUGAAAUUACAGCAGCGGCAAGCUCGGGAGACUGGCAUCUGUCCUGUGCGCAGAGAACUUUAUUCACAGUGCUUUGAUGAGCUUAUCAGACAAGUGACCAUUAACUGUGCGGAGCGUGGUAUCCUGUUGCUGAGGGUGCGUGACGAAAUCCACAUGACCAUCUCUGCGUACCAGACAUUGUAUGAAAGCAGUGUAGCGUUUGGCAUGAGGAAGGCCUUACAAGCUGAACAAGGCAAAUCUGAUGUGGAGAAAAAAAUUGCAGAUUUAGAGCUGGAGAAGAGAGAUCUAGAGAGACAAGUCAAUGAACAGAAAGCCAAGUGUGAGGCUACUGAGAAACGUGAGGCAGAGAGAAGGCAAGUUGAGGAGAAGAAACACGCAGAGGAAAUACAGUUCCUGAAACGAACCAACCAGCAGCUGAAGGCACAGCUAGAAGGAAUUAUUGCGCCCAAGAAGUAACAACCCAGGAGUAACAUCUGUGGACAGGAUGUCUAAAAUCUGGAUUUUAUGCUAGUGUUAAUGCCAAGAAACUAAUAAUUUUACCUCUAGGACAUAUUUGUAAUUCUGUUUGGCUUUUAUAUAUUAAAAUCUCUUCAAGUCGACAUGAAAAAAUGUUAAGUUGCUUAUUCUAUAAUGAAACACCUCAAUAUUUUAAUAUCCGAGUUCUUUUGAUGAUAAAAUGUUCCAACCUC